AUGUUGAAUUCGGUGUUUUGUAUGCUUUUCUUCCUUGCCAUGGCAUGUAUAUCUUCUUCUACUGCUCUAAAGGUCGGUUUCUAUCAACGGAAUUGCCCCUCGGCGGAGGCAAUUGUAAGGAAUGUAGUCAAUAACGCGGUUUCAAGGAAUCCCGGAUUAGGAGCUGGCCUUAUCAGGAUGCAUUUCCAUGAUUGUUUCGUCAGGGGAUGUGAUGCUUCAAUCCUACUUGAUUCAACCCCCGGGAAACCGUCCGAGAAAGACAAUGUAGCAAACAACCCAAGUAUGCGAGGCUACGAAGUAAUCGACGAGGCAAAGAAACAACUCGAAGCUCGAUGCCCACAGACCGUCUCUUGUGCAGACAUCAUAGCCUUUGCAGCACGAGACAGUGCCUCGAAGCUAGGAGGGAUCAACUACGCAGUACAAUCAGGUCGACGUGAUGGAAGAGUCUCUCUUAAGGAUGACCCGGACCAAAACCUACCCGCACCCUUUUUCAACCUAUCACAAAUCGAACAAAGCUUUAAACGAAAAGGCCUUUCCGUAGAGGAAAUGGUCAUCCUUUCCGGGGCGCAUUCCAUCGGAGUCUCCCAUUGUUCUUCCUUCACGAAACGACUUUACACCUUCAAUGCCACUUACCCACAAGACCCUUCAUUGGACCCCCGAUUCGCAACUAUGUUGAAAUCCAAGUGUCCAAGUAACGCGCCUAGUAACGUUGAUCGUACUGUUGUUCAAGAUUUUAUCACACCUAAUAGGUUGGACAACAAGUACUACCAAAAUGUGGUGAACAGACGGGAUUUGUUAACCUCGGAUCAGAGUCUUAUGGCUAGCCCUAGCACCAUGAGUAUGGUGAAGAACUUCAAUAGACAAGGCGGUGUUUGGGCUAAUAAGUUUGGUAAAGCUAUGGUUCAUAUGGGUUCCAUUGAGGUUCUCACUGGUGCUCAAGGUGAGAUUAGAAAGAGUUGUAGGGUUAUUAAUCAUUAA